CUCUGGCGCGGGAGGCGCCCCUCCGUAUUGGGAAGCGGGGGCGGCGGGCGGAGCAGGAGACGCCGGCCCCGCUCGCGGCUCCGCAGCUGCCGCGGUCGCCGCAGCGCCGGGACCAGGACCAGGACCAGGACCAGGACCAGCGAAGCCCGCGGAGGAGCCGCCGACUGCGGCGUCCUGUCCGCGCCGGGCGCCUGGAGCAGCGCCGGGACCCGCUUCGGCACCGCGGACAGCGCCAGCCGCUCCGCCCGGCGUGGGACCCACCGCGCGCGGCCCCGAGCCCCGCGGCCGUCGGCUCCGGGGCCCUCUUCCGUGCCGCAGACCCCGGGGCACUGCGGCUCCGCGGGAAGACGUGGCGUCGUCCCCAGCCCGCGGGACCGGGCGCGCGCAGGACGGCCGGGACACCCCGCUGGGGAUGCGCCGAGGGCCCCGUGUCCGCGCUGCCCAGAGCUAGGGCCCUCCCCGGAGCCCAUGUGCACCAUGCGACUGCUGACACUCGCCCUGCUCUUCUCCUGCUCCUUUGCCCGCGCCGCCUGCGACCCCAAGAUCGUCAACAUUGGAGCUGUGCUGAGCACGCGGAAGCACGAGCAGAUGUUCCGUGAGGCCGUGAACCAGGCCAACAAGCGGCAUGGCUCCUGGAAGAUCCAGCUCAAUGCCACCUCUGUCACCCACAAGCCCAACGCCAUCCAGAUGGCCCUGUCGGUGUGCGAGGACCUCAUCUCCAGCCAGGUCUACGCCAUCCUAGUUAGCCACCCACCUACCCCCAACGACCACUUCACUCCCACCCCCGUCUCGUACACAGCCGGCUUCUACCGCAUCCCCGUCCUGGGGCUGACCACCCGUAUGUCCAUCUACUCAGACAAGAGCAUCCACCUGAGCUUCCUCCGCACCGUGCCGCCCUACUCCCACCAGUCCAGCGUGUGGUUCGAGAUGAUGCGCGUGUACAGCUGGAACCACGUCAUCCUCCUGGUCAGCGACGACCACGAGGGCAGGGCCGCGCAGAAGCGCCUGGAGACGCUGCUGGAGGAGCGCGAGUCCAAGAGUAAAAAAAGGAACUAUGAAAACCUCGACCAACUGUCCUAUGACAACAAGCGCGGACCCAAGGCGGAGAAGGUGCUGCAGUUCGACCCGGGGACCAAGAACGUGACGGCCCUGCUGAUGGAGGCACGGGAGCUCGAGGCCCGGGUCAUCAUCCUCUCCGCCAGCGAGGACGAUGCUGCCACCGUGUACCGGGCAGCCGCGAUGCUGAACAUGACGGGCUCCGGGUACGUGUGGCUGGUGGGGGAGCGCGAGAUCUCAGGGAACGCUCUGCGCUACGCCCCGGACGGCAUCAUCGGACUGCAGCUCAUCAACGGCAAGAACGAGUCCGCACACAUUAGCGACGCGGUGGGCGUGGUGGCCCAGGCAGUGCACGAGCUGCUGGAGAAGGAGAACAUCACCGACCCGCCCCGCGGCUGCGUGGGCAACACCAACAUCUGGAAGACCGGGCCGCUCUUCAAGAGAGUGCUGAUGUCUUCCAAGUAUGCUGACGGGGUGACUGGCCGAGUGGAGUUCAACGAGGAUGGGGACCGGAAGUUUGCUAACUACAGCAUCAUGAACCUGCAGAACCGCAAGCUGGUGCAAGUGGGCGUCUACAAUGGCACCCACGUCAUCCCCAACGACAGGAAGAUCAUCUGGCCGGGUGGAGAGACAGAGAAGCCCCGAGGGUACCAGAUGUCCACCAGGCUGAAGAUUGUGACGAUCCACCAGGAGCCUUUUGUGUACGUCAAGCCCACGCUGAGCGACGGGACAUGCAAGGAGGAGUUCACCGUCAAUGGGGACCCGGUCAAGAAAGUGAUCUGCACUGGGCCCAACGACACGUCGCCAGGCAGCCCUCGCCACACUGUGCCUCAGUGCUGCUACGGCUUCUGCAUCGAUCUGCUCAUCAAGCUGGCGCGGACCAUGAACUUCACCUACGAGGUGCACCUGGUGGCUGAUGGCAAGUUCGGCACGCAAGAGCGGGUGAACAACAGCAACAAGAAGGAGUGGAAUGGGAUGAUGGGCGAGCUGCUCAGCGGGCAGGCGGACAUGAUCGUGGCGCCGCUGACCAUCAACAACGAGCGUGCACAGUACAUCGAGUUCUCCAAGCCCUUCAAGUACCAGGGCCUGACCAUUCUGGUGAAGAAGGAGAUCCCCCGCAGCACGCUGGACUCAUUCAUGCAGCCGUUCCAGAGCACGCUGUGGCUGCUGGUGGGGCUGUCGGUGCACGUGGUGGCCGUGAUGCUGUACCUGCUGGACCGCUUCAGCCCCUUUGGCCGGUUCAAGGUGAAUAGUGAAGAGGAGGAAGAGGACGCGCUGACCCUGUCUUCGGCCAUGUGGUUCUCCUGGGGCGUUCUGCUCAACUCGGGUAUUGGGGAAGGCGCCCCCCGAAGCUUCUCAGCACGCAUCCUGGGCAUGGUGUGGGCCGGCUUCGCCAUGAUCAUUGUGGCCUCCUACACUGCCAACCUGGCGGCCUUCCUGGUGCUGGACCGGCCGGAGGAGCGCAUCACGGGCAUCAACGACCCACGGCUGAGGAACCCCUCCGACAAGUUCAUCUAUGCGACGGUGAAGCAGAGCUCGGUGGACAUCUACUUCCGGCGGCAGGUGGAGCUGAGCACCAUGUACCGACACAUGGAGAAACACAACUAUGAGAGCGCUGCGGAGGCCAUCCAGGCCGUGCGGGACAACAAGCUUCACGCCUUCAUCUGGGACUCGGCGGUGCUGGAGUUUGAGGCCUCACAGAAGUGCGACCUAGUGACCACCGGCGAGCUGUUCUUCCGCUCGGGCUUCGGCAUUGGCAUGCGCAAGGACAGCCCCUGGAAGCAGAACGUCUCCCUGUCCAUCCUCAAGUCCCACGAGAACGGCUUCAUGGAGGAUCUGGAUAAGACGUGGGUGCGGUACCAGGAGUGUGACUCUCGCAGCAAUGCCCCUGCCACCCUCACCUUUGAGAACAUGGCAGGGGUCUUCAUGCUGGUGGCUGGGGGCAUCGUGGCUGGAAUCUUUCUGAUCUUCAUUGAGAUCGCCUACAAGCGACACAAGGACGCUCGCCGGAAGCAGAUGCAGCUGGCCUUUGCAGCCGUGAACGUGUGGAGGAAGAACCUGCAGGAUAGAAAGAGUGGUAGAGCAGAGCCCGACCCUAAAAAGAAAGCCACAUUUAGGGCUAUCACCUCCACCCUGGCUUCCAGCUUCAAGAGACGUAGGUCCUCCAAAGACACGAGCACCGGGGGUGGACGCGGCGCUUUGCAAAACCAAAAAGACACAGUGCUGCCGCGACGCGCUAUUGAGAGGGAGGAGGGCCAGCUGCAGAUGUGUGCCCGUCAUAGGGAGAGCUGAGACGCCCUGCCCGCCCUCCUCUGCCCCCCUCCCCCGCAGACAGACAGACAGAUGGACGGGACAGCGGCCCGGCCCACGCAGAGUCCCGGAGCACGACGGGGUCAGGGGGAGGAGCGCCCCCCAGCCUCCCCCAGGCCGCGCCCGCCCGCCCGCCGGUCGGCCGGCUGGCCGGCCCACCCGUCCCGGCCCUGCGCGAGCCCCCGGGCAUGGGGGCUAACGGGCUGCCUUGUCUGUGUAUUUCUAUU